CACAGCUUUUUACAAAUUUAGCAAUAUCGCGUGUCAUAUUUUUCCAAUAGUAUUUUGUACGUAAUUUUGCAUAGAGUUUUUUGUUUCCGCAAUGUCCGCCUGAUAUCGGGUCGUUAUGGUAAAUUGUCAUGAGUUUAAUGGGUCGAUUAUGUAUAGCAACGCAACUAUGCUUCGGUUGGCAGCUUGCAACGCAACUGAAAAGAAAAUUUGUAUUACGAAUGGCAACUAUCGCCAGUUGCUGAAAAGUUAUCGAUUAUUGAAAUUUGACAGCUCGUCAACCAGCGCAGGAUUGUAAACAAGCAAAAUAAUCGCAAAAUAAAAGUGAAAUAAAGUUAUUAAUAUAGAGUUUUUAAUAAUAAGUCUUGCUACAAUGCUUAGUUCAAUAGAACUAUUUUUUGAAGAGGAGGAGGAGUGUACGAACGCAGCAUCAAUCAGGCGACAUUUAAGGGAUAAUUCCAAUCCUUUAGAGCUGCCGCCGGCACUAUUUAAAGCAUAUUUCCGACUUCCAAAAGAAGCUGUAUUAUAUUUGGUAAAUACAUUGAGGAAUGACUUUAGGCGGAACCAUCGUUCAACUGCAGUACCUCCGCUAAUAAAAGUUUGCGGAGCUCUCCGAUUUUUUGCAGAAGGAAGUUUUCUGAAGUCUCACGGCAAUGACUUCAAUUUGGGACUGGCGCAACCUACGAUGUCGGUUGUUUUAAAAGAGAUGCUUCAACUGAUUGAGGAAAAAAUUUGCAAUCAAUGGAUUACUGCAAAAAUGGCCGAGGAAGAGAAAUACAAAAACAAGAACUUCUUUUACUCGAAAACGAAAUUUCCUGGUGUUGUUGGAUGUAUAGAUGGGACACAUGUGCAUAUAAUGUGACCGAAGGAGGAUGUUCGCCACUUAU